ACAUCUUCCAUAUCUUGCAGCUUCACACCAAGCCACAAAACACCGACUUCAAAGGGGGGUCAGCUCCUUUUGGAGACCCCCUCCUUCCUCCCAAGCCCCCAGGGACGGGACCCUGUCAUGUUUCACUGACUGACCCCUCCCAACCGGCGAAUGACAAGUGUGCAUCCGAGGGCGGGGCUUGCCUCAGUCUCUCAUAAUUGGCUGCUGGAUGGAAUUAAGGUGAAUGGAACACAUGCCCAAGGAGCAGGACCCUAACCCAUCAGAGGGAGAAGAGAAACGGUGGCUCAAUGGCCCAAAAAGGAAGAGGAAGAACAGCCAAUGUUCAGUGAAGAGUAUGACUGGGUACAUCCCCAGCUACCUCGAGAAGGAUGAGCCAUGCGUGGUGUGUGGCGACAAGGCCACGGGUUACCACUACCGCUGCAUUACAUGCGAGGGCUGCAAGGGUUUCUUCCGUAGGACCAUUCAAAAGAACCUCCACCCGACUUACUCCUGUAAGUACGAUUGCUGCUGCAUCAUCGACAAGAUCACCCGCAACCAGUGUCAGCUCUGCCGCUUCAAGAAGUGCAUUGCAGUGGGCAUGGCCAUGGACUUGGUGCUGGAUGACUCAAAGCGGGUGGCUAAACGGCGCCUGAUUGAGGAGAACAGGGAGCGACGCAAGAAGGAGGAAAUGGUGAAGUCCCUCCAGAACCGUCCAGAGCCCACCAGUGCCGAGUGGGAGCUGAUCCGCCUGGUGACGGAGGCCCACCGACACACCAAUGCUCAGGGCGCACAGUGGAAACAGAAGCGCAAAUUCCUGCCAGACAAAAUUGGCCAGUCCCCGGUUGCCCCCACAUCAGACGGAGACAAGGUGGACCUGGAGGCCUUCAGCGAGUUCACCAAGAUCAUCACUCCUGCCAUCACCCGUGUCGUCGACUUUGCCAAAAAACUGCCCAUGUUCUCUGAGCUGCCUUGUGAAGACCAGAUCAUCCUGUUGAAGGGCUGCUGCAUGGAGAUCAUGUCGCUGCGAGCUGCCAUGCGCUACGACCCAGAAAGCGAGACGCUGACGCUGAGCGGGGAGAUGGCUGUGAAGCGUGAGCAGCUGAAGAACGGCGGGUUGGGUGUGGUGUCGGACGCCAUCUUCGAUCUGGGCAAGAGCCUGGCACAGUUCAACCUGGACGACACGGAGGUGGCUCUGUUGCAGGCCGUGCUGCUCAUGAGCUCAGACCGCUCUGGCCUGACCUGCGUGGACAAAAUCGAGAAGUGCCAGGAGACCUACCUGCUGGCAUUUGAGCACUACAUCAACUACCGCAAGCACAACAUUCCCCACUUCUGGCCGAAGCUCCUGAUGAAGGUGACAGACCUGCGGAUGAUCGGGGCAUGCCACGCCAGCCGCUUCCUUCACAUGAAGGUGGAGUGUCCCAACGAACUCUUCCCUCCGCUCUUCCUGGAGGUCUUCGAGGACCAGGAGGUGUGAAACAGAAUUGCCACCAGGCGAAGGGGCAGAGGAAGUUGGGGCAAACUGGGAGAUGGGAAGGGCCAUCAUUUUUAUAGGGGAAGGAUGGAGGGAGAGGCCUCUUGGCAGAAAUCCGCAUUUCUGCGACAUCGCAUUUACAGUACGUGGUUUAAAAACUGGAAACAACAAUAACAGAAACAACACACCAGCAACAGGAGAGUCAAGCAAACAGAGGAUUUUGUUUUCUGAACACCCUCUCCUCCACCUCUUUCUCCUCCUUUUACUUACCCCUGUUUUAAAAUCCGUGUGGGGGCCCUUCUGUCUAAGCAUGAUGUCUUAUCUAGUAAGAGUUGUAGCCAUUUGCCAAGACACGCACACAGAUAUACACAACACAUGCGCGCACACACAAACACACACACGCACACACACACACACACAGCCACAGCCUGUUCCACCUCAGUUCUUCAGAGCAGCACUCUUUGCAGGGGUCCGUUCCCCCCUCUCUAGUUCUUUGUAGCGGUCACAGAUUUACACGUUUUAUAGCCCAGGUCUCCAGCUUCAAAGCUGGCCAACACCUCUCAGUAUUAUUUCUGAAUAAGUGUUAAGGCAUUCGUUCAGAGAAAAUGGUCAACAGUGACACAUUAUCACUCACACUCGUACAGGCACACGCGAUCAGAAUAACACUGCACACUGAAAAUUCAGUGGACGCUUUAUUACUCUGGUGUAUAAUGGCUGUAGUAAAGCUACCAGACCUAGUUAUUAUCAAUUUCUCAACUCAAUCUGAGCCGUUACAGCUGUUUUUGGAGCUUCUUCUUCUUCUUCUUCUUCUUCUAAGAGCCCAUUGAAACCGGUGCUAUAUUUAUAUAAGGCUACUCCAGUUUUAUGACAUUGUAUUGUCUACCUUUGAAAAACAUGCAGACCAUGGCUCCAUAUCUACCUUCAUUUUUGUCAUUGGACCGGCUCCUGUGACAUACAGUACACGCACACACGCAGACACACAUAUGAGCAGACUUGCCUAGUCAUUGCCCGUUCUGCUUGUGCCAGCAGCCUAGCAUCUUAUGAAUGACAAUUAAGUCCUUCUCUCUCCGAGGAGUUACUGCAUUGAGGGAAAGAAAGAAAGAAGGGAGGAGAAAGAGAGACACUUGGAAGCUGAGGGGAGGGAGGAGCGGAGAUAGAGGGAGGAAACAAGAUUUAAUAGCUGGACUGUAAAUUCAGAGCCAGGGGUCAGAAGUAAAUCUCCUGAACCCAUCCUCCAAAGAGGUUUUGAAUAGCAGCAACCACCAGCAGGACAGCAAAGCUCAUUUUACACAUACUCUCUCUCUCUCUGACACCCCCCCCCACAAACACACACACACACACACACACAUACACACACACACACACAUAAAAAACACAGAACAUCACCUCAGAGUAACGUGAAUGCCUCAUUUUACUGUAUGCACUGUGCAGCAGUGUUGAUAUACAGCCCUAACCUGCAGGGUUUGUACAGAGUCCUCUCCUCACGGACUCAGCUCAGUGUGGCCCCUCCAGGCUUCCAUACACAUUUGCCUUUUUUUACCAUGGGCGUCACUGAGAGCAGGCAAAUGCCAAGAAGGCUACCAUUUACCUCAAUGUGGACACACCCCCAGGCUGGGGCAGCAAUACUGCCCCUGUGGUGUCAGGCACUACCUCACCUCUGUGGACACAGGGCAGCUGCCCACAGCCUACACACAGACAUACACCAUUCAAGUUGGCGCAUGAGUAGGUUAACACACAAAUUGUGCAUAAUUUUUGCGUAGGUGCACACUUGUAGUCAUGGAAAGACAAAACACUCACAGCAUAUACACACACCCUCAGUGCUAUCACUUGGUUGAAAUGAAAUACCACUGAAGACAGGAGGGCCAGCCAUGCCCCUGGAAGGUUUUACCGACUCCGGGGAAUGGUACCCAUUACAUUCGGGUUAUCUCUUUUUGUUAUAUGGGACCAAGUGUCAUCUUUUGAAAUUAGGAUUUACUUGUUUCUGUCAAAACAGAAGCCGACUCACAAAAGCGACGAAGGACAGCCCAGCUGACACCCAUCUAAGAAAAGUAGCAAGAGGAUAAAUAACGUAGAGUAACUAAAAACCCGUGGUGGCCACGUCCAUUGAAUUAGCAUGCGCAGAAAGGGCGGUUUCUGUCUGCAUCAUGGGAAUCUUCCAUAGUACACCUAUGAUGGAUGCCAUUGGAUCUUGAUAAAUAUGCUCAUGGAAAUAAGCUUUGUAUCAUGCAUGGACAGUGCAUUAGACGCAAAAAGAUGGGAUGUUCUCAACUGAAAUGAAGCCUCUUCAGAGGCAACACAAAAGCUCCUUUAGUCUCAUGCACUUUACCAAUGCUCACCACUAUAACAGUAAUAUCACAUGGCAAACAUCCAUGGCAGAUAUCAUAAUGUAUUAGCCAAAUGCCCAUUGAAGAAUUUUAAUUUGACUAUAAAAGCCCACUCUGUCCAUUCCAAUUCUGGGGCCAAGCCAAAUCUGACUGGGUUUACCACUCUUACAAGAAGAGAUGAAACAAAAGAGAGACUUGGAAAAUCUAUUUUAUAUUCAAUGCCAAGCAGUAGUUCAUACUGGGCAUUUGUACAGGAUGGGUAAUGUGCACGCCGCAGAUACACCUAAGCAGAGGAACGAUUAGCAGGGAUCAUGGGUAAUCAUCACAGAUGGCCAAGCCUAACUGCUUCAAAUGUCUGGAGCAAUGCUGGUAGGAGAGAGGAACUGGAGCACCACCUUGGGGCACAAUGGCAGUGUCUGCUCUGACUCUCAGAACAAUCCCUUCCUCAAGCACAUCACCACUUCCAGAGAUCCAUCGCCUGCCCUGUCCUACCCUACCUUACUCUUGCCCACGACGGUGCCCUUUCUGGAGCCUAGCUCAGAUCGAAUUGCACCCCACCACCAUUAUAACAGCCCCCACCCAGCUAGGCUGGUGGGAGUUUUUGCACUACUGCAGCAGUCCUCCCUUUUAUGCCCUUACUCAUCAAAGUUUAACCAAUGUCCCUUGUUGGAUUACACAUUGGUGUGUCCCUCAACCAUCCUGACUUGCUCUGUGUAACAGAGGCUGGCAGUUGCAGUGGGCUCAGCCCCAAACUUGUCUUGUUGUCAGUAUUAGACCAACAGCACAUAACCCUCACCCCUUACCCGACCCAACCAGGGGUGGAGAGAGAUCCCUGCGUAGAGGGGUAGGGAGGGCUGUGUAGUACUUACUCAUUCUCCCUGUAGUACUCAUUUUCCUGUCAUCCUGCCUACAGCAGAAUCAACCCAGUGACAUUUCAACUUCAGAACCCUCCUUGUCAUCGUCAUUCUUCCUCCCCCUCUCCUCUUCCCUAAGCACCCUAGCUAUCUUACCCACUCACCGCUGGGUGGGUGGCCCCCAGUUCGGCCCAGAAUCAUUGACACCAAAUGGGAUCCAGGCCUUUCCCUUGUGAGACAAGGCUGGCCAUAACUGCCCUCUAGAGUGGCACCACCGAAUGAAUGUGAACAGCAAAGCAGCAGCGAAGGGAAUGAGAGACUUGAGCGCGAGAACGUGAGGAUGCGAGAGAAGGAGCAAACGUGGGACAGGAAACAAGAAGCUGAGGGCCUCGACCCUCACUGCCAUCAUUGACAUGGGCGACAGAGGGCGAUGUGGCUGGUUGUAGAGACAAUGUUAACAAACACUCGGAGGAAGGGGAGAUGGUGAUGUAGGAAUAUGUACAGUCUCCCCUUCAGUUCCCACAACAGCCCCACAUGAGCCCCCGCUCCCAUGCCAGCUGACCACCCCAAAUGCCCCCCCCCCCAGCUCCCUCAAAAAGGAUAAACUCCAACUUUCAUACGGUGAGGAUCAGGACGAGAUCCAUUCCAGAGAUGCAGGUUUGGAAUUCCAACACAUCUUUGUAAAAGAACUGAAAAAGAGAAAAAAAAACCAACAAAAAACAAACAUUGACAUCCUUUGUUCUCAUGAGCUGACUGGGUAUGUGUGUGUGACAGUGGGGGUUAUAAUGCUGCUUUACCUUCUGAGUCUGAUUUAGCUUAAGAAAAAAAGAUAUAUGAAAUGAUUAUAAAUCCAUAAAACAAAAUGA